AUGGAAUCAAAAAUUAUCCUUCUCGCCGCCCUCGUCGCCGCCUCUCAGGCCUCAGGCUUAGCCUACUCCGGACACUACGGAUACGCCGCCGGACGCGAUCUCUCCUACGCCGGACAUUUAGGCACAUACUUCACCAAUUUGGGAUACGCCGGAGGACACUUAAGCUACUCCGCCCCAUUGUCUUACGCCAACCACUACACCAGCUACGCCGCCCCAAUCGCUAAAACCUACGCCGCUCCGCACAUAACUAAAUCCUAUACCGCCCCAAUCGCUCACACUUACACGGCCCCAAUCAUCACCAAAGCCUAUGCCGCCCCAGUAGUCCACAACUCUGUCGUCAAGACCUUUGCUGAAGAGCCUACCGUUUCUGAAUACUUCGUAAAGACCGCACCAGCUUUUGAGAAGACCCUCUCCGGGGACUUGGGAUACUCCGGACACUUGGGCUACGCCGCCCCAUUGUCUUACGCCAAGCACUACACCAGCUACGCCGCCCCAAGCGCUAAAAACUAUGCCGCUCCUCUUAUCACCAAAGCCUAUGGCGCCCCAAUCGCUCACACCAUUGUCGCCAAAGCACCAGUAGUGCAAGCCGGCCCUGUCGUAAAGACCUUCUCUGAAGAGCCAACCGUAUCCGAAUACGCCAUCUCUACAAAAACCGCUCCAGGUAUUCACAGGACUCUCGUCCACCCUCAGGCCCCAAUCGUCGAAGAAAGAGUAAACCAUGUUAUCCGAGAAAAAAUCACUCCAGUGGUUCACGAAAGAUUCGCCGCUCCCGUAGUGCACAGUGCCACUCCAGCUUUGCCUUAUGCCGCUCCAGCUUUGAGUUAUGCCACCCCAGCUUGGUAA